GCACUCGUGUGAAUCCAUCGUUAGGAAGAACUCUUCUCCUCCUGUGAUUAAAAAAGAUGCAUAUGAAAUUGCAGUUUGCAGCAGAGAUUCCUCGGGCCAGCCCUGUUUUAGGGUUUUCAUCUCCUCUUUUACACCUCCACUCCAUCUCGUGAGCAUUUUAUCGGUGCGCAUCAAUCGAUUUCUUAUCGCGUUACAAUCUCUCACUGCAUUCUACAGCGUACUCUUGAACCAUCAGUACCAUUGGAUGGAAAGGAAGAACCACACAGUCGUGGCCACUUCCAGCAAAAGCAUGCUCGACGAGAGCGACGAACAUCAAUCUCCUUCCUCUUCAGAAGUAGAAGAAGAGGAAGAAGAGGAGGAAGAGCUGGAGCGAGAGCUCGCCGAUGUCACAUUCGAAGAGCUGCAGAAAGCGCGCUCGAAAGGGUUUCAUUCCACUCUUCCGAAAUCCGCUUCUGAGAAUAAGCAUAGGAGAGCUAACAAGAACAGGCCGAUGGAGAUGAGCAGCAAGAAGCCAGUGGGGAGGUUUAGGGAAGUCAUUCAAGCGCGUAAGAAGGUAACAAGGGACCCUCGUUUUGAAUCUUUAUGUGGAACGCUUGACACGGAUGGGUUCAGGAAGAGAUAUAGUUUCUUAUUUGAGGUUGAACUUCCAGCAGAGAAAGAGAAACUUCAGAAGUUGAUGAAAAAGUCAAACGACCCAAAAGUCAUUGAAGAAUUAAAGAAUCACAUUGCUUGGAUUGAUAAACAGCAAAGGUCAGGAUCAGCGAAAAGGGCCGACACCAAGAUUCUAGCAGAGCAUAAGAAGAAAGAAAGAGAAGCGGCAAAGCAGGGAAAACAACCAUUUUAUCUUAAGAAAUCGGAAGUACGGGAACGGAAACUAAUUGAGAAGUACAACCAUCUCAAGGCAACGGGCAAGCUUGAGGACUUCAUUGAGAAGCGGAGAAAGAGAAAUGCGGCGAAGGACCGCCGCCAUAUGCCCUACCGUCGUGUACAUGACAGUGAAUAAUUAUAAGGGCUUCAAACGCUCCCUGUUUAAUGAGUGCUUAAAUCUGUGUUCCUUUCCUUUCUUAGUGAUAAUGCAUCUGAUUUACUUCCCAAAAGCAAUAGAAAAGCCGAAUGAAUGGAAGGGAAAGUUGAAGUUGAAUCUGAAUUAUUCAUUGGGGUCUUUGGAGGAGAAACAUGUUGAUGCCGAGGGCUUAAAUUUGGGUUUUGGCUUAUAAACUUGCCUAUUUCUACAUUAUGUUUACUUUUGGCUUAUAAACAUACCUAUUUCUACAUUA